AUGGAUAGUGCAUCCGGUUCCCGUCCCUCAUCAUGGGCAAAUGUCGUGAAGAGCCGGCGUCAGAACGACACCUAUCAUGACACCGCUCCUCGCGAUUCUUCACCUGUAAAUACGAGGAUGACGUUCAAAGCCAAAGGCGACAACAAGAAGCAAAUCACCCGAUCAGACCAGAUCGAACAUCAAACGACGCCACCAAUCCAUUCCGCCAAAUCCUCGGUAUCUACUCCUUUUACCUUCAAAGGUCAAUACCUUCAGAAAGUACAAGCUGCAAAACAGCUAGUGAAUCAGAAGCCUGAGUUGAAACAGCAAGACACAGUUCCGGCCAGAGGCGUCCAAGAUAUGACUAACCUCAAUGUUGAACUCGCUUCCAUGAAAGCUACUAUCUCGACCUUGCAGGAGGAUCUGUCUCGCAAAAAUGGCGAUUUGAUUCAAGCAAAGGCGGCUCUAGCUGGAAAGGACUCACAGAUUGAAGAUCUCCAGAAUUCUGUUGCGAUGUUAAGGGAGAACAUUCGCUCUAUUACCGUCGCUACCCAGGCAGAUGAGGACUACUUGGCUGCUAAGGAUGAGUUAAUUGCGAAACUUGAGUGCGACAAUGCUGAAUUGCGAGACUCCAUCCAUACGGGAAUUAUCUCUAUUAGCCAAGUCUAUGGCCCUGGUAGUGAUCAAGCCUUUACCCGCAUGGCUACGAAGCAAACAGAACCUUCUGGGUCUACUAUGAUGGACUGUCCAAAUGACCGUCAGGAUGACCACAAAAGUUUUGUGCAGACACCGGAUUUACAACCAUCUUACUGCCCUCCGCAGGCAUUGAAGCAGACUGGUGGUGUGCCCCACGGCCGGCCUAUACACCCAGCAGGUGGUAGUCAGAAAUCCGAACCUCAGAAAGACAAUCAAUCUUCUAAACAGGCAUACCGGCCUUCUAAGGGCAAUCGUUCUGUCAAAGGAAUACAGCAGCCUGACACUACGACCCGCCAACCUAUGAGCCAGCUUGAUAAUCUUAUCACCGAUGUUAACCAUCCUAUCACGGACAACCAUCAUGUGAAGCUCGAUGAUCCCACUAAGAAUCCUGAGAAACUUGCUGAGUGCGUUAAAGAGCAAAUAGAGGAUCACCCGAAGCCGGUCAACAAUGCCCAGGAGGCUCACGAGAAUGGUCCUUCUAUCGAUUCCAAUCGAUCCACCGAUGCCAUUUGUAGCCCGACCCGAGAGGAAAUUAAUGCUACCUCAAAUUUCAAGACCCUGUCAGAACUUGAUCCUUCCAUCAUCAGACUUUCCCCCACCCCACCCUGUAGAAACAAAGCUGAUGGUAUGGUGCAUACUAUUACCCAGGAACAGUCGACUUCCGGUGUAGAGAAGCAUGAGAUAUGCGAUCCAAGCGAGGACCAGCAUCAAAGAGACGAAGAAGAGUCCAAGGCAGGAAAGGUUGACGGCAGGUACCGCUCCAAAGCAAUAAAUGAGUCGGUGGAUAUCAUGGAUGGCGCCACCUUAGCCAAGGUAGUAGAUGAACACCCCAAAACCGUGGAUCUUCCAGCCGAUAAGAAACCGAGCCAAUUUCGAACUCAGAUGAUUUUUUGGAAAAGCCGAAGCCCCGAGCUAGAAGAAAACCGUGCUACCACUUCUAGUAACGUGUCUUCGCCACAAAUCGAUUCGCCAGAACCCGCAGUCCUUCUUACCCGAGAAAAUGGAUAUACGCCGGAAAGCCAUAAAGAUAGUGCUGGAUGGGUGGACGUUACAGCUAAGAACAAGCUUAAUAGAAAUUCUAAGAGCAAGACUAAGAGCAAGCCGAAGAAUAGUCCUACACCCGCAGAGGAUGAGAAAUUGGAUACGGAGCAGAAACUUGCAAACAAGUCGGCCAAGCCGGUGCCCAGAGAGAAGGGUAUCCCAGCAAGUCUUCAGAAGCGCAGAGGUAAGAAGCGCCCCAGCGGCACAAUUAUCGGAUCAAAUUCAGUCUUCUCUCGCGCAGCCAAGGGACAGCAAAGUGAAGAUGAGGCCGGCAUCGAUGAGAGUUCCACCGACAGUAAGGAGCCGAAGAUCUGCACACCUGAAUCAUCCGGGCCUCUAAGCUGGGCCGAUGAAGUAGAGGAGGAAGAAGCACGACGUAAUUCUUGAUAAUAUCAGCAUUAUGUAUCUACUUAUGAGCGAUUGCUUCAAAGUAGCAUCUCGAGGAAAGUUCCAUGGACCAUGAUAGACUAAUUUCGGUGGAACUAUUGGUUUAAGGUUGGAUCGAGGGGCCAAUCUAAUUACUUUAGGC